AUGAGAUUCCUAGCCGUCGUGCUCCCCUCCCUCACACUCUGCACCCACACGCUCCUCGCCCUCUCCUUCCUCCUCCCAGGCUCAGAUCCCAACCGCGCCGUCUUCUCCAUCACAUACAAUGCCAUCGCCGGCAGCGCAAGCAUAUUAGGCCUCGUGGGCGCUAUACGGGUAAGCAAGCAAGCCACUUUCUUCAUCCCCGCGAUUCGUGCGACUGGCGGGUCUUGGAUGGGUCCGGGUUCGCGCGGAGGAAAGCAACAUCCAAGACAUGUCCGAGUCAAUUAG